AAUGUGUUCCGUAUCACGUAAGAGUUGCCGUUCGCGAAUGCGGUUGAGAAGCCGUACGAAGUGACAUAAAGAAAGCAAUCGCACACGACCAAUCAUAUGGUCGUCGGGUUAGUGAAUGCCAAAUACACAUUCAAUAUCCAUAUCAAAAUGUGGGUAUUGUGUUUACAGUCGAAUAAAAUGCCGCGAAAAUUCUUAGUUCUCACAUCACACGCACCCACAAAAGAAAUAUUGAAUUGAUAAUAGUGGAAAAUAAAGCAAGCAGACAUUAGAGAGGUGGAAUUGAAACGGUACCGGUCGCUUUGAUUCCAUCUGUUCGUUAAUAAUUUAUAUCGGAUAGAAUAGAAAAUCUAAGUCGACUUGUUUGUCUGCUAUGCUUAUUCUCGAAUACCGGCUUUUCUAUAGCACCACUACCGAAUUGAAGUUUCAUCUAUAGUUGACCCAUUUCCGUGCAUCGCUGGGGAAAAUCUGACACAGAAACAGAUGUGCAUUUCAUCAGAACAGCAUCGAGUUACACUGAAACGAAGCAAUCUCACAUCCAAUGCAGACUGAUUUCGUGACGUCGGUGAAAAAAGUUUGUGUAAACGGUAUCAAAUAGAGAAAUUCCUUAAUUGCACGCAAUAACAUUGAUUGUGAUUGAAAAUCAAAUGAAUAGAAUUUAUUCCGAUAAAUGUAUAUCGAACAGUUGGGAACCAAUACGCAUGUUGUGACGCACAGCAACGCACCUCAACCUCGCACCGAACGCUCAGUGUUUGUUUGGCAUUCCAAUGGUCUCCUGCAUGGAUCGAGUGUGAAUAUGCCUGGCGUUCGCUAUCCGCAUGUCGAACAUGCGCUACCAAACACUCAAAUGCGUUCGCCUAUUCCCCAUAUAGAUUUGGAAGCGGAUGAUAGCAAAUUGAAUCGACAUCGGUCACCAUUUGCUUGCUGAACACGGCAAGCUAAAGACACGCGGUCCAUAAACGUCUUGUCUAGGGCGGUAAUUUUUCCGUUCUUCUUUCAUUUCGGCAAAUUUAUUCCGAUUUUUAUCACUCAAGUGGCUGUGCAGUGAAACCGCAAUCGAAGUCCAGAAACAUACUAUUUAUAAAUUGCUCGAUAAAUAUGAAUAGCCUUAUCGUCUGCUGCUGUUCGUUAAAAGCUGUAGAGCAACUCAACCAAAAAUGGCAGAUCGGGUUCCGGCUAGAGGAAAUAUACUGGGCAGUCUUGUGCCAGCCAGGUACAUUCUGGCAAUUUUAGGAUCAAUUGCGAUGGCAAUUGUCUAUGGAUUGAAGGUAAAUUUGAGCGUUGCAAUGGUGGCUAUGUUGAAUCAUACGGCGAUCAAAUUAUCGGCCGGUGGUGUUCAUAAUGUAUCAUCAUCGAUGACAAAUUUGACGACCACCGUACAUGGAGGCGAUGAAAAUUGCGGCAGCGAUGCAGCAUCUGAGGCAGCAAUGGAGAAAGUGGGACCAUUCAAUUGGAGUGAACCACUUCAAGGCACCAUUUUGAGUUGUUACUUCUGGGGUUAUAUAGUCAGUCAAUUACCUGCGGCUCGUGUUGCUGAGAGCUUCUCAGCUAAGUAUGUGAUGCUUUUCUCCGUUGCCAUCAAUGUCGUCUGCACUAUUUUGACCCCGUUGGCUGCUAAAUUCCAUUAUGGCGCCAUGAUUGCAAUGCGUAUUGGUGAAGGUAUCGGAGGUGGAGUAACUUUCCCGGCCAUGCAUGUCAUGCUAGCCACUUGGGCCCCACCAACUGAACGUAGUACAAUGUCGGCUUUAGUAUAUGCGGGUACAUCGCUCGGAACUGUAAUGUCAAUGCUGUUGGCCGGUUUUUUGGCCGGUAAUUACGGAUGGGAAUCAGUGUUCUAUGUGAUGGGCCUUCUCAGUGCAAUUUGGAUUUUGCUAUGGGUAUGGUUGAUUCAAGAUUCUCCAUCGAAACAACCGUUGAUCUCGCAAGAAGAACGUAACUACAUCAACUCAUCGUUGGGAAGUGGCGAUAAACAUGGCCAAGAAGAGGCUAAAUCACCAGUACCAUGGCGUCGUGUGUUCACGUCGAUGCCAUUCUUAGCAAUUUUGGUUGCACAUACCUGCUCCAACUGGGGCUGGUACACAUUGCUCAUCGAAACCAGCUUCUACUUCAAACAAGUGCUUCACUUCAAUAUCAAAGAGAAUGCUGUCGUUUCGGCCAUUCCAUUCUUAACGAUGUGGUUCUUCAGUAUGGCAUUAAGCAAAGGAUUGGAUGCACUUCGUGCUAGAGGCACUGUGUCUACAACAUUCGCUCGAAAGUUAUCGACACUUAUCGCCUCUGCCAUUCCAAUGAUUUGCCUAUUUGCACUCUGCUACAUUGGAUGCCGUCGCGGUUUGGCCGUUUUAAUCAUGGGCAUCGGCAUCACAUCGAUCGGUGGCAUGUUCUGCGGAUUCUUAUCCAACCACAUUGAUAUCGCGCCAAAUUAUGCUGGUACUCUCAUGGCCAUAACAAACACUUUUGCAACUCUGCCUGGCAUUAUUAUGCCCAUUUUUGUUGGCGCCGUCACACACGGCAACCAAACAAUUAGCGCGUGGCGGGUUAUCUUUUAUGUGACGAUUGUACUGUACAUCAUCGAAAUGGUCAUGUACACAAUGUUCGGAUCAGGCGAGGAGCAACCGUGGAAUAAGUCACAGGCGCGGGAACUUGUGAGCGUUGGCUCAGUCAAACCAAAUGGCGAAAAUAUGCCACUCAAAGGACGUGACAGUCGAACCGUUGAAUAAACAUACCAACCAUGACCAAAUUUGUAUGGGUUUUACAACCAAACAUCGUCUAUUUUAUCGGCGAAUUUUAGCAAAUUCGUACCACACAAACAUGUUCAUUGUCGUACAUACACACAGCUCUCUACUCUGUCAGCUACAACGUUUUUGUUCAAGUGUUUGUCUAUCGUUGCAUUUUAUAGAUUUUUUUUUGUUCAUUUGAAAGAUAGUUAGAGUGUCUCGCAGCCAUGGGACAAAGCAAAUAUUUUUUUUUUGUAAAAUAAAAUAAAUUUGAGAAUUUCUGUUUAAAGUUAGAUGUAAGACAAUUGGGUGUGUAAUUCUUUUUUGAAUGAAUGUGCCAGAAAUACAUUCGAACUGAGUGGAAUUGCUCUCUUCAAUUGGUUUUAGAUUCAUGAUUGGCACAGCCAAUCAAUCAUCGAUUGUCAACAAAUUUAUAGCGUCCAUCAAAUCGUAAAUGUCCUAGUCUCCCAUCUCAAUAAAAUUCGAUUAGUUUCAUAAAAUAAUCGAUUUGUACAUAGGUAACACGUAUUUCCAACUCUCUAUUCCUAGACCCAUCCCAAUUAGUUGACAUGCGACACAUUUUAUGAGCAUCAAAAUACAAAUGACUUUGAUCAAAAUGCCAAAGAAACGCGAAUUCGAUUUUUGUUUUCUAUUUCAAGUUCUCAACACAAUUCUAUUCAAUUAUCCGAGAUAAUUGGUUAGUGCUUUUGAUUCUGCAAAGAAAAAACUUUGCAUGCGUUUCUAGUGGAGUAAAUUGAAUAUUUUAAAAAUAAAGCAAUUGGAACAUUCUAAGAUCAAUAAAGAAAUUUUUUUUUGAUGUA